AUGAGUUACUACAGUCAGCAGCAGCCUCCUGUUGGAGUUCCUCCUCCUCAAGGUUAUCCAGUUGAAGGGUAUCCAAAGGAUGCGUAUCCCCCACCAGGGUACCCUCCGCAGGCGUAUCCUCCUCCGCAAGCGUACCCUCCUCAGUACGCCCAGCCCCCUCCCAAGAACGAAACCGGCGGUUUCCUCGAAGGAUGUUUGGCGGCGCUGUGCUGUUGCUGUCUUCUAGAUGCUUGCUUCUGA